CCUCAAGUUUGUCAUUGGAUAGACACAUUCUAUUGCAAGACGAUAAUAUCAUAUGUCCUGAGUAUCUUCAUUGUUUUACAUGCUGGUUUUUUUUAACAUCAUCGUUUGAUACGCAGAAGAUUGGAAAGUGAAAUCCACCAUUAAUGCCAUUUAGAAGCCACAUUUUAAGUAACAUUAGCCUUCUUUGCCGGGUGCAUCACUUCACUUGCUAGCUCAGUGACCCUUCGGUUCAGGUAACUCACUUGACAGGAGCAACAGAAGAGAUGAGUCGCUUCCUAAACGUCCUGCGGAGCUGGCUGGUGAUGGUGUCUGUCAUCGCCAUGGGAAACACUGCGCAGAGCUUCAGAGAUCACAGCUUCCUGUCAGAGAAGCUCUACACGGGUGCGCCCGAAUUUGUCAAUGGUCUUCAGGCCCGGACGUUUGGCAUUUGGACAUUGCUGUCAUCUAUCAUUCGCUGUGCCUGUGCCAUUGAUAUCCAGAACAGAACGCUGUAUCACGUCACCUUGUGGACAUUUGUAUUGGCCUUGGGUCAUUUUCUGUCCGAGACGUUUAUCUACAAAACUGCACCUCUCACUAUCGGGGUUAUGGCACCUCUUAUUGUGGCUAGUUUCUCAGUCAUAGCCAUGCUGAUUGGAUUCCAGUGUUUUUCAGAAAAUCCAGAGGAACUUGUAGCACGACAGAAGAAACGUCCUGAGGAGGUCACUUUUAGUAAAGCAAGGACAAAACGACUACUAAGUGUACACAAGAUGCACAGCAUCAGAUAUUGCAAUCAGUAGAAUUCAGAGGUAAUACGUCCACGUGAUCCACUAUGGCAGGCAGAAAGCCUUCCAGAUGCCAUGACAGUAAAACACAGCUGUCCUUGUUAAAUGUUCUAAAAACAGUACUUAAAAUAAAAGCUUCAACAAAGAAAAGGUUGAAUCACAUUAAAAGGUCCAUAUUCUACGGUUUUCUAACAUUUCUAAAUUACCCUAAGAAGGUGUACAGUGGUACCUCAACUUAAGAGUGCCCUAACUUAAGGGUGUUUUGAGAUAAGAACUGUCUUUCGGCUAAUUGUUAUGUCUUAAGUUGCAGGCAAAAAAAAUUGUUAAAUGCAUGAUUGCUCUUUGUCGGGAUAGCAAAUGUUACAGUCAACCUUGUAAGAGCCGACCACAACAUCCGGCCAUAUUCGCUACCAUUAGCUUACAGCAAGAUAUUGACACAACUGUUUUCUAACCAUGGAAAUGAAGAAAUUGAAUGUGAAGGACAGUGCUGAGAAUACUGAAAGAAGUUGAGGUUCAUUGAAUUAAAGAAAUUUCAGCAGAUCACUACUAGUGUGCACCAUAGUAAAGCAGAAUGAGUUGACAAAGCAAGCCGAGAUUGUUAAAAUAAUAUAUGAACGGCAGAAAUGUAUCCAUAAAAAAUAUGGAGAAGCUGCUGAUGGUGUUUGACGGAGAAGCAGCUCAAAUGGAGAUACUGUAGAAGUCCACUCUCCAAGAUAAAUACUGUAUUAUUUCAUUACUUGCUACAACUACUGUAGUUUGUUUUUCAUUCAAUAUUUCUUAUCUUAAAGAUAGUUUCUAUUUUAAAGGACAUUUUAGAUGUUAAAAUUGUGCUGUUUUUGCAAGCAUCAAUUAUAUUGAUUUUAAUUUAUAGGAGACGAUUUGAGACACUAGUGUGUCAGGAGCUCAUCAUAUUAACCAAUUAAUCUCAUAUAUUAAGGUCCUACUGUAUUUGAAAAGUAGCUUUAAUUAUAAUGUGCUGUGUUUGUCCAGUAGAGGUGGGAGAAUAUUUGGCCACCCAACAAUUCAAUAAAAUUUACUUCUGAUUGUUGGGGUGACUAUUCUAUUCAGUAUCGAUUCAACACGAUUUUUGUA